AGUGGUUUUGUGGUCAUUCUUUGUGUGCCAACAACAAGCAAAAACAGCCCUAUUAGCUUUCACACAUUUCCCCGUGAUGUGGACCGUCGGAGAUAGUGGAUGCAAGCCAAGAGAUUGGAAUGGCCGCUGUCUAAAAUAUCGGAUUAUAGCCUACAUUUUCGUAGCAGCGACCUGUUGAAAACAACUGACGGUUGUUAAAACAGUUAAAAAAGAGGUGGUGGCCUGUAUUUUUAGAUUGGAGUCAACUGAAACACGAGGGCUUGCUUGUGGGCACGAAUAUUAGUGUUGCUGUUUCUGCUAGUGUUGCUUUGGACCACGACUACGACGGACGGCCAUCGCCUGCUAAGGAAAGAGAGUACCUGGGAUCUUUGGAUCCUCCAAUGGGACCAUGGAUGAAAUGGAGGUAAAGCCGCUGAUCUCUGGCUGUAAUGGGACUGAAAUGCACCAGGUUGACCUGAGAUUGAUUGUGAAAGAAGAAGACAUAAAAGAGGAGGAAUAUGGUCAUAUGAUAUCAUGUCCGGUCAAAGAUGAAGAAGAAGAAAAGCCCUUUGCAGAACGUCACUGUAAAAUUGAAACAGACGAUACAGACUCUAACGAUGAAACACUACAGACACCAGCGGAGGUUGAAGUGGAGAUUGAGGAGGACGAGCAGCACGAUUACCAGCUGAAAAGUGCAUCACAACAUCCACAUUUAAUGCUGCAGAAGAUCCAUGGACUGAAUGAUGAACUCAAUCUGCAGCUCAAAGGAAGAAUGUACCACUGCACAGUCUGCAGGAAGAGUUUUACAUCCCUUUCUGAACUUGAGAAACACCAGCAAAUACACACUACUAAUGUUUCUUUUUCACAAAUGUCAACUCUUAAAAGUCACAUGCUAAAACACACAGGAAAGAAGCCUUAUCAAUGUGUCCAGUGUGGAAAAGCAUUUGCUCAUCCUUCACUGCUGAAAAAUCAUAUGCUAACACACACUGGAGAGAAGCCUCAUAAAUGUGUCCAGUGUGGAAAAGCUUUUACAACAUCCCGUGAUCUUCAACGCCACAUGCUUACACAUACUGGAGAGAAACCUCAUAAAUGUGUCCACUGUGGAAAAGCUUUUACACAAAGUUCAACUCUUAGAACCCAUUUAUUGAUACACACUGGAGAGAGGCCUCAUGAAUGUAAUCAAUGUGGAAAAACUUUCACAAAAAUGGAAACUCUAAAAAAACACAUGUUAAUACAUACAGGAGAGAGGCCUCAUAAAUGUGCCCAGUGUGGAAAAGCAUUCAGGGCUUAUUCAGAUCUUAUACGCCACAGGCUCACACAUACUGACAAGAGUCCUUAUAAAUGUGUCCAGUGUGGAAAUGCCUUCAGAUACCCUUCAACUCUUCAAAGCCACAUGCUAAUACACACAGGAGAGAAGCCUCAUAAAUGCAAUCAGUGUGGAAAAGCUUUCAGACAAAUAGGAACUCUAAAAAGACACAUGCUAAUACACACUGGAGAGAAGCCUCAUAAAUGUGCCCAGUGCGGAAAAGCAUUCAGAGGAUAUUCAAACCUUGUAUGCCACAGGCGUACACACACUGACAAGAGUCCUUAUGAAUGUCCCCAGUGUGGAAAAUCUUUUUCACAAAUGUCUCAUCUUAAAUCCCAUAUGGUAAUUCACUCGGAAGAAAAGCCUCAUAAAUGUGCCUCUUGUGGAAAGGAUUUUAAACGGAUUUCGGAGUUGAAGACCCACAUGCUAACACACAGUAAAGAGAAGCUUCAUAAAUGUGUCCAGUGUGGAAAAGCAUUUGCGCACCCUUCACUGCUGAAAACCCAUAUGCGAAUUCACACUGAAGAGAAGCCUCAUACAUGUGUCCAGUAUGGAAAAGCAUUAGCAACAUCCAAAUAUCUCAAAAAACACAUCUUAACACAGAAGCCUCAUAAAUGUGUUCAGUGUGGAAAAGCAUUUGCUCAUCCUUCACUGCUGAAAAAUCAUAUGAUAACACACACUGGAGAGAAGCCUCAUAAAUGUGUCCAGUGUGAUAAAGCUUUUACAACAUCCCGUAAUCUUCAACGCCACAUGCUUACACAUACUGGAGAGAAACCUCAUAAAUGUGUCCACUGUAAAAAAGCAUUUACACGAAGUUCAACUCUUAGAACCCAUUUAUUGAUACACACUGGAGAGAGGCCUGAUGAAUGUAAUCAAUGUGGAAAAGCUUUUACACAAACUGAAACUCUAAAAAAACACAUGUUGAUACAUACAGGAGAGAAGCUUCAUAAAUGUGCCCAGUGUGGAAAAACAUUUGUGCACCCUUUACUGCUGAAAACCCAUAUGCGAAUUCACACUGGAGAGAAGCCUCAUAAAUGUGUCCAGUGUGGAAAAGCUUUUAGAACCUCCCAUGAUCUUCAACGCCAUAUGCUUACACAUACUGGAGAGAAACCUCAUAAAUGUGUCCAGUGUGGAAAAGCUUUUUCACAAAUGUCAAGUCUUAAAAGCCAUAUGCUAUUACACACUAGAGCAAAUUCUUAUCAACAGGCUUUGUCUGGAAAAGGAUCUCGACGAAUUUCAGAUCUUAAUUCUCAUACGCAAAUAUUAUUGCACACUGGAGAGAAACCUCAUAAAUGUGCCCAGUGUGGAAAAGCAUUUACACAAAGUUCAACUCUUAGAACCCAUUUAUUGAUACACACUGGAGAGAAGCCUCAUAAAUGUAAUCAAUGUAAAAAAGCUUUUACACAAACGGAAACUCUAAAAAAACACAUGUUGAUGCAUACAGGAGAGAAGCCUCAUAAAUGUGCCCAGUGCGGAAAAGCAUUUCAGCACCCUUCACAGCUGAAAACCCAUAUGCGAAUUCACACUGGAGAGAAGCCUCAUAAAUGUGUCCAGUGUGGAAAAGCUUUUAGAACCUCCCAUGAUCUUCAUCGCCACAUGCUUACACAUACUGGAGAGAAACCUCAUAAAUGUGUCCAGUGUGAAAAAGCUUUUUCACAAAUGUCAAGUCUUAAAAGUCAUAUGCUAUUACACACUGGAUCAAAUUCUUAUCAACAGGCUUUGUCUGGAAAAGGAUCUCGAUGAAUUUCAGAUUUUAAUUCUCAUGUGAAUAUUAUUGCACACUGGAGAGAGCCCUCAUAAAUGUGUCCAGUGUGAAAAAGCUUUUUUUUAGUAAUGUCUAGUCUUAGACGCCAUAUGCUAGUACACACUUAAAGAUUAUAAACAGGAGGUAAUGAAUAUGUGCAAAGUCAAAAUGGUGAUGUAAAACUGGUUGUGAAUUGAAAAAAUACUGGAAUAAAUCAAUUGAUUUAAAAAAUCAGUAGUAUGGUGAAAGCUGUGGAAAACUUAUUGUUUAUAGUGCUUGAAUGUGACUAAAAAUGAUUUGAGCACAAUCACUAAAUGCACCUAAGGACCACCUAAUAAUGAACCUCAGAGAAUAAAGAAAGAUUGAAUGAA